ACACACACACAGGCAGACAGACAGACAAAUAAAACAAAAGUGAACAAGAGCUGACAAUUGCCUUUGCAUCUGCAGUUCUCACCACAGCCUGUACUUCCAGUUCCCUCCCACCCAUACCCUCUCUCUUUGUCUCUCUCUCUCUCUCCUUCUCUCUCUCUCUCUCUCUCUCUCUCUCACACACACACACACACACACACACUGAUAUCGACGCACUCACAUCAGUGAUCCCGCGGUUCACUAGCCUGGCAGGAGGGCUGGAGCGGAGCAGAGGAGAGCAGAGCCGACCAGAGCAUCACCGCAGCCACAGGGAAACUUGGACUCAUACGUGCAGAUGGAGCUAGUUUAUUAAACCCCACUCAAAGUCACAAUGUCUCUCAGCCUUGAGAGACAUUCAGAUGAACUAAAUAUCGGUGCCACUGCAGUCUAGGAGAUGGCAUCGAACCGGGCGGCUAGAUGAACACAGCCACCAUGAUCCAGCCAUUGUGAGAAGAGGGCAGCUGCUGAAACAACCAACAUUUUACUUCAACUGCCAAACAUGACGCUACAACGUACCAACGUCAAAUGCACCAAAAUGUACAAAACCCUCCUUCCCUCCUGAACAGUCCAAGAGUGACUCAUAAUCAGGGCUCAAGCUAGGGUGGAAGUGAUCCACCCAGUCAGGGUUGCGUCUCAACUCGCUCUCUAUCCGCCGGUCGUCAAAUCCACCAUGAUUUCUUUCCAAGACUUGUGGCCAUGAAACCCGGUGCCCUCUACAGAAGCGUACGGCUAGCCGUGGCUAGAAUGUUCGUCCUCAUCUUCUACAACUAGGCCGCGGGUCGAGUAGCCACCAGAGCAUGGAGGGACACCUCCCCUCGAACACCCCCCUGAAGGUACUGCUGGGCGCCUCGCUCUGCCUCCUCAUCCUGCUCACCGUCAGCGGCAACGUGCUGGUGUGCGUCGCCGUGUGCGCCACGCGCCGCCUCCGCUGCCUCACCAAUUGCUUCAUCGUGUCGCUGGCCGUCACCGACCUGCUGCUGGGCCUGCUGGUGCUGCCCUUCUCCGCCCUGCAGCAGCUGACCGACGAGUGGCCCCUGGGGCCCGUCUUCUGCAACAUCUACAUCUCCCUGGACAUCAUGCUGUGCACCGCCUCCAUCCUGACGCUGCUGGCCAUCAGCAUGGACCGCUUCCUUGCCGUCACCAUGCCGUUGCGCUACGCCGCCUUGGUGCUGCCGGGCCGCGUGGCCGUGGCCAUGGCGUCCGUGUGGACCGUGUCCCUGGCCGUGUCCUUCCUGCCCAUCCACAUGGGGUGGAACACGCCCAACGGCACAGUGCAGAACCGCCGGGCCGGCGACGACCAGCGGGCGUGCAACUUUGAGCUGAACGGCGCGUACGCGCUCACGGACUCCCUGAUCACCUUCUUCCUGCCGCUCUUGGUCAUGUGCUGCACCUACUACCGCAUCCUGCGCAUCGCCCGCUCCCAGGCCAAGCGCAUCAUUGGCUCCCGGCCGGCGUGCGUGGUCACCAGCUACGACGCCGGGGGCAACGGCCGCUGCACCACGACGACCGUCACCUCCAGUGUCACCGCCGUGGCGCUGCGGGAGCACAAGGCCACGGUGACGCUGGCGGCCGUCAUCGGGGCGUUCACCGUGUGCUGGCUGCCCUACUUCAUCCUGUUCAACGUGGCGGGCGUGAAGGAGCAGGUGCUGUCGGGCACGCUGUACGAGGUGGUGCUGUGGCUGGGCUACGCCAACUCCGCCCUCAAUCCCAUCCUCUACGCGGCGCUCAACAGGGACUUCCGGUCGGCGUACGCCCGCCUGCUGGGCUGCCGCUGGCCGAAGUACCGGGAGGCGUGGAGCAGGAACCAGUGUCCGCUAGCAGCGGGGAACGAGCUUACAGAGGUGACAUUGCUGUGUGGUCACAACUCCGCCAACUGCAGCGCAGGCGUAGCCGAGGAACCACAUGCGUUGGAGGAGGUCAACAACCGCCCCAUUGACAACCAGCUCACGAAUGGUUUCACUCCAACAGACGUCAAUGGCAAUGAAAGGUCAUGAUGACGCUGAACAAGAGAGGAGGAUGUUGUGUUCACCGGCCGCCCGGCCCCCUUCUAGCAACCUUGAGGGCACAGAUAGAAACAUCCAGAACGGUGGAUUAAAGAUGUGUGCUGGACUGCGUUCUUGAUUUUUCCAAGGUAGAGCUAGUGGGGGAGAAAAGGAACACCAUGUGUAUAACAUCAUGUCACAUUCAACUCUUUUGCUAGACAAAGUGAUGAAGCGAAACUCCUUCAACAAGGAUGAAUCUCACCGUUUAUAGAGACAAGCGCUGCCUAGCAACAAAAGAUGCUGCGUUAUCCAAGACUGCGGGGAAGGCUGAGUGACAGCAUGUGAGAGACUGAUACCCUGUUGGAGAUAUCCAACAGGGACCAUGCAGAGCGACGACGAGAAGACUGCUGGUCGAUGUCUAAUUUAUUUUCAACUUGAAAAACUCAUUGUUAUGCUUAACUUGUUCUUGUUACUUUUUCACAAUGUGAAAGGAAAUAUAUAAAGUGUUGUUUUGAUCCGA